AUGUUUUGGAAAAAAGAACUUGAUAAAGAAAGCAUUAGGAAAAUUCAAGCGGAAAAAAUGUUGUCUUACAUAGAUGAAACGAUAAAUCCUUGCGAAGAUUUUUAUCAAUAUGCAUGCGGAAAUUGGGAAAAGAAAAAUCCAAUACCAGAAGACAAAGCUGGUUUUGAUACUUUUGAAAUGUUAAGAGAAAGUUUAAAUUCAAUUUUGAGAGAUUUACUUUUGGAGGAUGGUGAAUCAUCUGAAAUCUCUGAUGCUGCCAAUAAAGCAAAGGAACUAUUUGAUAGUUGCAUGGAUGAAGAAAUCCUGGAGGAAAGAGGAAACGAACCUCUUCAUGCUCUUAGUAAAAGCCUCAAAGGCUGGCCAAUGAUAUCACCAAACUGGAAUUCAUCUGAUUUUGAUUGGUUACAACUUAUGGCUGAGUUAAGAUUAUACAAUAACGACAUACUCUUAGCUCAGUGGUUUGACCAAACAAGUCUUGGAUUGCCAACAAGAGAUUAUUAUUUACAACCGUCAAAUUUUUAUUAUUUAAAUGCUUAUAAAACUUAUAUAAUUAAAGUUGCCAUUUUAUUAGGAGCCGAUUCACAAAAUGUUACUCAUGACGUCAAUGAUUUAAUUUCAUUUGAAACAAAAUUAGCACGAAUAACGUCCAGUGUAGAAGAAAGAAGAAAUAUAUCUGAAUUUUAUGUAAAAAUGUCGUUAUACGAUUUGAAAUCAGAAGUGCCAAAAAUUGAUUGGAUUCGUUAUUUAACAAUUGUAUUAGCUAGAAAAGUUGAAUUAGAAGAAAAUGUUGUCGUUUUUGCAUUACAAUAUUUUAAAAAUUUAGUUAAAUUACUUGAAACAACAUCGUCUAGAACAAUUGCUAAUUAUUUAAUGUGGAGAUUUAUGAGACAUAGAGUUAAUUAUUUAGGUAAAAAAUUUCAGGAUGCAAAACAAGAUUUUUAUUUGGUUAUGUUUGGAAGACAAAAAGCUCCUCCAAGAUGGACGACAUGCGUUUCGCAAGUAAAUUCCAACAUGGGUAUGGCACUUGGCUCCAUGUUUGUGAAAAGAUAUUUUGAUGAAUCCAGUAAAAAUGACACGCUGAAUAUGACCCAUGACAUAAUGCUUUCUUUUAAAGAUAUUCUCAGUUCUGCCGAAUGGAUUGGAGAAAAAACAAAAAUGUUAGCUCACGAUAAAGUAGACGCCAUGAUUUUGAGAAUUGGUUAUCCAGAUUUUAUUUUAAGUGAUGAUGAACUAAACGAAUAUUAUAAAAAAGUCAAUAUAAGCAAAUUUUUAUAUUUUGAAAAUUCUCUUAAUUUAAUUCGUCAUCUCGCAAGACUCGAAUUAGAUCGUUUAGAUACGAAAAUUAAUAAAAUGCAAUGGAAUACUCCUCCAGCUGUAGUAAAUGCUUAUUACAGCAGAAGUAAAAAUCAAAUAAUGUUUCCGGCUGGUAUUCUUCAACCGCCAUUUUACCAUAAAUAUUUUCCAAAAUCACUGAAUUACGGAGGCAUUGGCAUUGUUAUUGGACAUGAAAUAACUCAUGGAUUCGAUGACAGAGGAAGACUGUUUGACAAAGAUGGGAAUCUUAAUAGAUGGUGGGAUGAAGGAGCUGUUGAAAAAUUUCACGAAAAAGCUAAAUGUCUCAUAGAUCAAUACAGUGCUUACACCAUCAGAGAUGUAGACAUUCAAAUCAACGGUGUGCACACUCAAGGAGAAAACAUAGCCGAUAAUGGAGGAAUAAAGCAAGCAUAUAAGGCUUAUGAGAAGUGGUUAAGUCAAAACAAUGACAAGGAUGAAACUCUUCCAGGAAUCAAUGCAACAAAUAUUCAAUUAUUUUUUUUAAAUUUUGCACAAAUUUGGUGCGGGGGAAUGAGACCAGAAGCAUCGAGAAGUAAAUUGAAAACCGCUGUGCAUUCUCCUGGAAAAUUUAGGGUAAUAGGUACAUUAUCAAAUUCUGAAGAAUUUGUUACAGCUUUUAACUGCCCUCAAAACUCAACUAUGAAUAUAUCGCCAAAAUGUAAAGUUUGGUAA